GGCACUAUAAUGCACAGAAGAGAUUAUGCGAAUAUUUUUUUCAAUUCGAAUGACAGAACAACAAGCGCUAUUCGGUUAGAACUGACUGCAAUGUAUUAAAGUUACUGCGUUCAGAAAGACAUUUCGUUGAAAAUGAGUAAAGGACAAGACAAAGAAGUCGAUUGGCAACAAGUCAAACAGGACUUGGUUGUACAACGUGAAGAGAAAUGGGACAAAUUCUUUGAUAAAUAUAAGGGUAUGGACAAAGUCAUUGAGGAUGAAGCAUUGUCAGAAUAUUCGGAAAGUGAGUUAACGUCCGGUGAGAGUAAUUCAGGAGAUGAAGUCGAAGUUAAUGAUUUUGAAGAUGAUGACCGUCUGUCCGAAUCGAAUAAUGUACCAGACGAAGGUAAUGUAUCAGAUGCGAAUAGCUGCAUCGAAGUUAGCGACGAUGAUGACGCCAUUUCUACUUUUGUAAAGACGUAUAAAGAGCUGGCACAAAACAAGAUCAAGAUUAUGGAAAAGACAUACGAAGAGCACACCAGAAAUGAUAUCAAGACAAAGGGCAGGAUCGAAAGCCAUCGUCAUUCAAAAUAUACCACCGAAAAAACGGCAGAGGCCACAACGGGUAAUAUGGUCACAAUGGCAAUUGACUCGCCAAUGGCACUGUCAAACGCAAUAAAAAGUAUGAAUAAUUCGACCAAUUCAAGCAUGAAUACCAAUGCAAAUAGUAUGGAGUUAGUGAAGCCAACGAUGUCGCGCGUGGGUGGUGAUGAACCAUCUUCCAAUGCGGUUUCGGCAGUGGAUGAAGCAACGGCAUGUGAGGUGUUCAAAAAGGGGAACGUUCAAUUUCUUAGAAAAACGACCAUCUUAACCACAACUACGAUCACAACCACGAAAGAAGAAAUAACUACCAUCGUACAGCAGAAUGCAGGUGAACAAGGCGAUAUUGGUACGCCAAAGAAAGCAAAUUUGGCCAAACAGCCAAAAUCAACGAAAAAGAAGCGAACAUCUGAUGAACCGAUGCCAGAUUAUGAUGAAAAUGACUAUGACGGAUUCAAUACACCAGGCCGUCGGAAAACUCGAGCUCCCAAUACACCAUCAACAUCGAGUUCAUUCACCGCUCAAGGUUCAUGCAUUGAGGUGAUUCUCACACCAUCGGGCUCCAAAAAUAUUGUCACCAGAAAAGAGAUACAGUACAAAUUGAAUGAAACGAUGCCAAACAGUGCUGAAAAAUGUCCAUCGGUGGUGCGCAAUGUCCGAGCUGACAAAGGAAAGCGAUUGUCGUUAAUGAUGACGCCACAGCCGAAAGCAAUAAUGCCACCCGAAAUACAGUCAGAUAAUUUAUUUCAAAUGGGUAUCGUUCAAAGACCACUCAUCGCCAGAACAACUGACGACAAGGGUUUUGGUGAAAUUCUAUAAAAUUGCCUAAUCGCAUGACCUCGAAAAUUCAGUAUUAUUCAUCGCGUAUUCAACGUAUACAACGGUGAAAUCGCAUAUACUUACAUUAGUUAAUUGCAAAAAAAAAUGUUAGGUUAAGCUCGUUAAUUUUGUCAUUUUCCAAUCGCACAUUCAUACACACUGUUUUUCGUUCAAAUAUAUUUAUGUAUUUUUUUUUUAUGUUAAACACAAAGAGACAUAACAAAGCAGUGGCUGUGAAUCUUCGCCGAGAAUAAUGUUAGUUGAAAACCUAUCGGAACCAGUCCUGUGACAUAGCGCCAAAGAACGCAGCUGCAUUCGAUUUGACAUUGGCUAAAUUUUGCUGCGUAAUCGAUUGUGUGGACGACGACGACGUUCCGCUAGUUUUCGAUGGCGAUUUUCUCUGUAAAAAUAUGAAAUGGCAAAAAUAUCAAAGUUAUUUAUAAGCGUUAACCAAAUAUUAUCAUGUCAAGAAAAACAACAAUCGAAAUAAACAAAAACGGUUAAGCCACACAUAAGAGAUUGUUAAACAAAUCAAAGAAUUCAAUAAAUUUCGUUAAUAUAUGA